GGGAGGGGGGAAGGAUAUGCGAAGAAGAGCUUGCUCAGUGUGGGGGAGAGCCAGAGAAAAUGCCUAGAGGCAAGAGAUGGAAUGUCCUGUUCUUAGAAUAGGAAGGAGGCCAAUGUCACUGAUCAAAGAGUACAUGAUAAGGAGUAAGUUAUGAUAAGACUGAAGAAGCAGCAGGAGGCUGGGUGAUUGAGGGUUUUGAAUGCCAAACAGAGCAUGCAGUGUUUGUUCCUGGAGGUAAUAAGAAGUUACUGGAGUUUGAGUAGUGGGGAUUAAAUGAUCAGACUUUUGCUUUAGCAAAAUCACUUUGGCAGCUGAAUGGAGGAUGAAUUGGAGUGAGGAGAGACUUGUGGCUGGCUGACUCACUAGCAGCUAUUGCAAUAGCCCAGAUGAGGAAGCUGAUGUCCUGGGAGCAGAAGAGACGCGGAGGUGCUGACCCUGGAACUCCGACCCAGGUUUUUCCAACUUCGCCCUAUUAGAGGCUGCGCUGACUGCUCAGCUUUUUCCCGCCUUUUCUGCCGGGGAGGCGGGCAGACGGACGAGGCACAGCCCCGUUGACUUUGUUUCCGAGGAGCUGCAUCCCCGUAGCCCACCUGCUGGCUCAGGCACGCAGCAGGGGAGAGCCAGUGGUACAAGCUUUUCCGGGAGCUCCGAGCAGGGCUUGCCCCAGAGCCAGCAGCCCGCGCCGCGCCGCCCGUCCGGUGCUCCGGCUGCCCACGUGCUCCAGCCAGAGGCCAAAGAAGGCAGGCAGGGGUCAGCCGUCGGGCCAGCCCAGGAGGUAUUCCCGGUUCUGCGCGUUCAGCCAUGGCCUGUUCCAAGCACCAGGGGAAUCUGAUGAAGGAUCCACCCGAGGUCCGGGAGGGGGAGCCCGUGCUGAUCUUCCGCGGGCCCAAGGUGAGCAAAGCCCAGUGCGUGCAGGUGACAGUGCAGAACAAGCUGGUGAAAUACCUGGUGCGUUACCCGAGGGCCGCUGAGAGGGGCGGAGCAGCAGCAGCAGCAGCAGCAGCAGCAGCAGCAGCAGCAGCAGCAGCAAGAGCCCAGGCCCCUCCCCGGGAGCCCUCCGCAGCCCCAGAAGUCGGACCCACCCCGAGAGGCCCCCGGGCCCAAGAGCCGGCUCCAAGCAGCCUGAUGGCCUGCUCCGCCCCCAGUACCUCGACGGCCGGGCCCGCCCCCAUUAGCCCGACCGCUGGGCCGGGCAGCUCUGGCGGCAGCUCCCGCGGCUGCAGCAGCAGCAGCAGCAGCCCCAGGCCAAGCCGCCUCCGGGCUCGCGGCCACCUCCGUCGUCGCGGCUGCCGUCGCCAGAGCAGCAGCAGCAGCAGCAGCAGCAAGAGCAGCAGCUGCACUUGUAGCAGUUGCAGCUGCCACAGCGGUAGCUGCAGCAGUUGCGGCGGUAGCUACAGCACCAGCGGCAGCAGCUGUCUGGAAGUCGCCGUGCCGCUGUGGUGCCCAGGGGGGGUCGGCAGCAGCGGCGUGGGCUCCAGCACCGGGGACCCGGUCCCGCAACCCCCAGCGCACUCUGGAGCCAAGGGCAAAGAGGGGCUCCCCUCCGUAGUCGUAGUCGGGGACUGGGAGUAUGAAUGGGUCCCCGAGGGCCGCGUCCUCCGCUUUUCUUUCACCCACGUGCAAGACGGGGACGCCGCCCUGCAGAUGGCAGCCAAGAAGGCGCAGCAGGAGGAAUGCCCCGUCACCUCCACGGGGGGCAACGACGAGGCCAACGUGGGCGACGGUGGCGGCAGUAGUGGCGGCGGCGGCGGCCGUGGCAGCGCUGGGGGCAGCAGCUGGUGGGGGGCCGUGAUGCAGUGGCCCCGCAAACGCAAACGCGGGCGGGCGCGGAAGCGAGAGCGCCGUGGGUCAGAGCCAGAAGUCGUUGACCCUGAGGAGGAGUACUUGAACAGACUGGAGGAAGUCCAGCUCCAUCUACCCAAGGCCCUGAAGCCUCUGCUCGUGGAAGACUGGGAGCUGGUGACCCUUGGGAAGAAACUCUUCACCCUGCCAGCCAGAAAGCCUGUUGCUGCCAUCCUAGACGAGUAUGCUGCCUUCCAGAAAAACUAUGGCACUACCACCAAGAAGCUGGCCAUCACGGAACUGCUGGCAGGCCUCCGAGAGUACUUCGACAUGGUGCUGGGCCCACAGCUGCUUUACAACUUUGAGAGGCCCCAGCACGCUGAGAUCCUGGCCACCUAUCCCACCGUCCAGAUGUCACACAUCUACGGAGGUGCCCACCUGUUGCGCCUCUUCCCGCAGAUGGGCCCCAUGCUGGCCUGCACUCCCCUCAAUGACAGCAGCAUCGAAGUGCUGCGGAAUCAUUUGCAAGAUUUCCUGCAGUAUUUGGCCACUGAGCCCUCCCGUCUGUUUUCUGUGCCCGCUGAUUACCAGGAAGCCUCUGCUGACUACCAACAAAAAGUGGAGUAAGGCUGCCUUUCCGCCCUUUUUGCCCCUUCCCAGAGCUACAUCUCUUGGGUUGAUUUUUGGACCCUCUCUUGCCCAAGUGCCCAUGUUUUUUUGUUCUACUUGCCUUGGCCCAGGACUGCUUUUAGUUCCUGUAAGUUCUCCUUGAAGAAGCUCCUUUUCUCUCUUCACCGGCUUGUUCACAUAAUAGAGACCUUGUUAUCCUCUAAGAAUUUUGCCUACCCAGACUGACCCCCUGCAUUCGGGGCAUUUGGAAGCGCCUAGCCCUUGCAGUUCUCUGUCCUGCACUUAAUUUUCAAUGACCAAAGACCUUGAUUGACUGAUGCCAAAAAUUAGAAGAGAAAAAACUCAUAUAGCAAAUGUUUGACAAAAGCCCAAUUUCUCAAAUGUGUGGAAAACAAAAACAAAACCAGAUUUAUAAGCUAGUGGCAAAGAUGUCACAACUGUAAGGGUGCCUGCGGGCUUGUUGGGUUAUCUGAUACAUGAGACUGAUUAGCUUCCCCUUCUUGAAAUCUUUCCAUAUGCUGUCUCUGGGCAAGUGACUUCAGUAACUGCUUCAUUUUUAAAUGCUUAGUAGGAUUAACUUGUAAAUCCACCAGGUGUUGAUUCCAGUGCACAUGAAGGUCAUAGCAGAAGUGCACUGCUCUAUAUUGAGGGAUGUAUGGCCAAGUGGCCCUUUCAGAAUGGUUUUACAGAUAUUGAAAAUAAAUUGAUUUUGCUGCCAAAAAA